AUGACUGAUAUAUUAAAACGUGCUGGUAUGUCUGAGUGCAAGCCUUUGGCUACUCCUAUCUCUACUGCGAAGGUGUCUACCUCUGUCUUCAAUGCAGAUCCCUAUGAUGACCUAACUCAAUUUAGAAGUCUGGCUGGUGCUCUUCAAUAUCUCACGGUCACUCGUCCUAAUCUAUCCUUUACAGUCAACCAGCUCUGCCAGAAUAUGCAUGCCCCUGCGAUAUCACAACUGGAGCAGUUGAAACGAGGAGCUGCAUGCCUUUUUGACUCUGAUUGGGCUGGAUGUCCGGAUGACUGGAAGUCUACUAGUGGCUAUGUUGUGUUCUUGGGCACUAAUCUUAUAUCAUGGGUCUGCAAAAAGCAAAGAACAGUGGCCAGAUCCUCUACGGAGGCAGAAUACAAAGCUCUAGCAGAUGUCUGUGCUGAAGUCACUUGGAUUAUAUCUCUCUUGCGUGAAAUUAACAUUUCUGAUGUUCCUGUACCAAGUUGUGGUGUGACAACCUUGCAUGUUGAGAUUGAUUAUCACUUUGUCAGGGAUAAAGUUGCUACUGGUGCAAUUCAAGUCAAUUUUAUUUCACCAAAGGAUCAACUUGCGGAUGUUUUUACAAAAGCUCUUCCAGGUCCUCGAUUUUCUUUCUUAGAGACAAGCUACAGGUUUCCAGUUUACCCUGAGCUUGAGGGGGAGUAUUAG